UGAAGUGCAUAACGGAAGUCUGUCACGGAUGGCCACCUAGCGUCAGCAGCGUGCUUCACAAUGGAACAUAUUAAGCCUCCAAUUGCCGGUAUUUAUAUUCUUAGAGCGUCCUCAGCUAUUUUUUUGCAGUUAAGUCCGCACUGACAGAGAAAGCCGACCGACUUUUUUUUUACUGAACGGGUCAUCACAAAACAUUGAGGCCAUCGGUGGACGAAGUCUAACCAUUGAGCAGACGCAAACAAGCGAAUGCUCUCUGAUGUGAUUCGUCAUCUGCUGCUCAGCCUUGCCUAGUUGGAUUUGUAGCCUAAGGAUUUAUCUCGUGUGGGAUAUUGCCAUUAGAGCAAAGGUGACAACGCACACAAAAGACGCAAUCUUAUCGACAGGCAUCCCUUCCUCAGCACGUGGCUGUGAGCCUCUCUCUCCAAUAUCAUCCUCACCCAACUAACCGCUUCGCCCCGUGGGGUUUAACCGAGCCGAAAGCCCCAUUACCCCACUUCAACCAGACCACUCACCUGAAGAAGAGGUAGAGGAAGAAAAGGAGGAACAGGAGGAGGAAGAGGAAGAGGGGCUGCUGUGUGUGGUGGCGAAGGGUUGUCAAGAGGCCAAGCGAGUGUGUGCACGUGCACGGGCCAGAGAGCGCCCUGGGGCCGGCGCGAUGGGCAUCCUGGGCCCCCACAGUUGCGUGGGCCAGGCCAGUUGUCACAGCAAUUCCUCCAAGGAGUACUGCUACUCAGCGCGCAUCCGGAGCACUGUACUACAGGGGCUGCCCUUUGGAGGCGUGCCCACUGUCCUUGCCCUCGACUUCAUGUGCUUCCUGGUGCUCCUGUUUGUGUUCUCCAUCCUGCGGAAGGUGGCCUGGGACUACGGCCGGCUGGCACUGGUGACUGAUGCCGACAGACAGAAGAAGAGGUUCAGUGGCCUGGAGGAGAGGGAGUAUGUGGCCUCUGCUUUGCACUCGGAGACACCAGACCGGUAUGAGCGUCUCACCUCCGUCUCCAGCUCAGUGGAUUUCGAACAGCGGGAUAACGGCUUCUGUUCCUGGCUCACUGCCAUCUUCAGAAUAAAGGAUGAGGAGAUCCGUGAGAAGUGCGGUGAGGACGCGGUGCACUACCUGUCCUUCCAGCGGCACAUCAUCGGCCUGCUGGUGGUGGUGGGUGUGCUGUCUGUGGGCAUCGUGCUGCCAGUCAACUUCUCUGGAGAUCUGCUGGCUCUGCCCACUGCUCCGGACAACAAUGCUUACAGCUUUGGCCGAACGACAAUAGCCAACCUAAAUUCGGGGAACAACCUGCUGUGGCUGCACACGUCCUUUGCCUUCAUGUACCUGCUCCUGACGGUGUACAGCAUGCGCCGGCACACGUCUAAGAUGCACUACAAGGAGGAUGACCUGGUCAAACGCACUUUAUUCAUCAAUGGCAUUUCCAAGUAUGCCGAAGAGAUCCACAUAAAGCAACACUUUGAACAGGCCUAUGAGAACUGUGUUGUGCUUGAAGCCCGCAUCUGCUACAACGUGGCCAGGCUUAUGGCCCUCAAUGCUGAGAGGAAGAAGACGGAGCGAAGCAAGAAGUUCUUCACGGACCUGAUGUCGAAGGAGCACGUGCCCACCAUGAUCAACCCAAAGCCCUGCGGCCACCUCUGCUGCUGCGCAAUUACUGGCUGUGAAGAGGAGGAGGCGGUGAGCUUCUACACCAAGCGGGAGGCCAAGCUGAAGGAGGAGUACAGGAAGGAGAAGGAGAAGGUCAACACCAAACCACUCGGCAUGGCCUUCGUCACCUUCCAGAACGAGGCCAUGACUGCCAUAAUCCUUAAGGACUUCAACGCGUGCCAGUGCCAGGGGUGCCAGUGUCAGCCGGAGCCCUGCACCUCCCAGUUCAGCGAGAGCCUCCACGUCCACAACUGGAAUGUCACCUACGCCCCGGACCCACAGAACGUGCGCUGGGAGCACCUCUCUUUGGGGGGCGUGAUCUGGUGGAUCCGCUGCUUCAUCAUCAACAUCAUCCUCUUCCUCCUCCUCUUCUUCCUCACCACCCCUGCCAUCAUCAUCUCCACCAUGGACAAGUUCAACGUCACCAAACCUGUCGAGUACCUCAACAACCCUAUCGUUACUCAGUUCUUUCCCACCCUGCUCCUGUGGGCCUUCUCUGCCCUGCUGCCCACCAUAGUGUACUAUUCCGCCUUCUUCGAGGCUCACUGGACACGGUCAGGGGAGAACAGGACCACCAUGCACAAGUGCUACACCUUCCUCAUCUUCAUGGUCCUACUGCUGCCCUCCCUCGGACUCAGCAGUUUGGACGUCUUCUUCCGUUGGCUCUUUGACAGGAAGUUCUUGGCUGACGCAGCAGUGAGGUUUGAGUGUGUGUUCCUGCCAGACAACGGAGCAUUCUUCGUGAACUACGUCAUCGCCUCGGCGUUCAUCGGGAACGCCAUGGACCUUUUGCGCAUUCCGGGUCUGCUGAUGUACAUGAUCCGCCUCUGUCUGGCCCGCUCGGCAGCAGAGAGGCGCAAUGUCAAACGGCAUCAGGCGUAUGAGUUCCAGUUUGGUGCCGCCUAUGCCUGGAUGAUGUGCGUCUUCACCGUAGUCAUGACAUACAGCAUCACGUGCCCUAUCAUAGUGCCCUUCGGUCUGAUGCACAUGCUCCUAAAGCACCUGGUGGACAGGUAUAACAUGUACUACGCCUACCUGCCCUCCAAGCUGGACAAGAAGAUCCACUCGGGAGCCGUCAACCAGGUGGUGGCCGCCCCCAUCCUCUGCCUCUUCUGGCUCCUCUUCUUCUCCACCGUCCGCAUAGGGUUCCUAGCGCCCACCUCCAUGUUCACCUUCGUGGUGCUCAUCAUCACCAUUGUGGUGUGCCUGUCACACGUCUGCUUCGGGCACUUCAAGUACCUGAGCGCGCACAACUAUAAGAUUGACACCAAGGACACAGACGCAGACGCUGUGGAAAAUGGCCGACCGGCACGUGCAUCACCAACCAGCAAGAUGGCCCAGCAGCAGUCCUACAUUGCCCAGGUGCUGCAGGACCCAAACGCGGACGAGGCGGGCGCCGGCAGCUGCAGCGAGGAGGACGGCCAGGGCUCCUCGCAGGACGAGGAGAUGAUCAACGGGGGGAACAGUAUGAACGAGGCCGACUUCCAGUCCGGCGAGGACAGCCUCAUUGCCAACGAGGUCCACCAUUGAACCGCACGGGGGGGGGG